AUGAAGUUGCUGUUGAAGGAAGGCAUGUAUUGGAGGAUUAGUCGUUUUGAUGAAGAUGUUUUUGAAGUUAGGACGGAAUGGAAUCGGUUUGUUGUUUGUUUGGACGAUAAGACAUGCUCUUGUGUGCAAUGGCAGCAUAAUGGUUUUCCAUGUUCUCAUGCAUUGCAAGUGUUGCAACAUGAUAGUCAUGAAGUAUACGAGUAUGUUGAUGAUUAUUGGAAAACAAACCUUUAUCGGCAAACAUAUCAGUUUGUGAUGCAUCCAUUUUCAGAUUUGGAUAAGCCGAAUGUUGAUACUAUCAUAAAUGGUGUAAGGCUUCCAAUUACGAAGAUUCCGUCUGGAAGACCAAAGAAAAGUAGGAUUAAAUCUGCUGGUGAAAUUAGCGAGACUUAA